AGUGCAAUGGAGCUGUGCAAAUUACUUCUAGCAGUUCAGCUGAUAUACAGCAUCCGUGCAGAAUUCGACAUUCAGCAAGUAAUUGUGAUAUCACGUCAUGGAAGCCGUACACUUCUUGCCAAAGAUCACAGCACCUUUGAGGAAGGAAGUGACAGUCAGCUGACGAUAAGAGGAAUGAAUCAAAUGUUCCAAGCUGGAGAGUUUGUUAGAAAACAUUAUCAAAAAGCUGGCUUCUUGUCUGAUGUGUAUUCACCUCAGGAUGUGUAUGUGAGGUCUAGUGACUAUUCCAGAACACUUAACAGUGCAUUGAGCUUUCUUCUUGGACUUUAUCCACCAAGAAAUCAGUCCCUAAAUGUUUCCUAUGCUGGGCAAGUUUUCUAUGCACCUUACAACAUACAGCAGGUUCCAAUACACACAGUUGCAGCAGAAAAUGAUCAGGUGCUCAGAGCAUGGCUGGCUUGCCCUGAGCUUCAGAAAAAACUUGCAGAGUUUUACACAAGCUCAGAGUUUAAGAAAAAGGAAAGUGAGAGUGCAGAACUACGAAAACAGCUUGAAAACAUUCUGGGUGUUAAGAAGAUUGACCUUAAAGACUUCUACAAUGUGUAUGAUUUUAUUCAUCUUCAUCAACUGUAUAACCACACCUAUCUGAAUAUUUCUGCCGAGCAGUGGAAUCAAGUUGUAUAUCUGGCUGACUGGGUUGAGUAUCAUAAAUACAGCAAAGAAAUGAUUGGGGAUAUAGGUGGAGGGCUGUUAGCUAAUGAGAUUGCAGAGAGCUUCAGUGACUUUGCAGCUAAAAAGACCAAGACAAAGCUCUUGUAUUACUCCGCACAUUAUCCAACGAUGUUUUCUCUGUUUUCCUCGCUUGGUUUAAAUAAAGCGGCUAAAAGUGCCUUGAGAAAAAUUCCAUAUUAUGCUUCCUUGAUAUUGAUUGAGCUGCUACAUGAUAAGUCAACUGGUAAGAUGAUCGUUCAGUUUUCUUUCAAGAAUGGUUUGAAGGGGCCAUUGGUAAAAUACAGCAUUCCCGAGUGCAAGGACACGUGCGAACUGGACGAGUUUGUAAAACUUGUGAAAUCUCUCCAAGUUCGUGACGUUACCUCGUGGUGUCACGCAUGUGGCAACACCCAGUUGUCACGCUGCCAAGUAACGCAACAGCAGACCGUUUGUCCUACUUUGGAAACUAAGGAACCCAGACUUUCGGGAACUGGUGGUUUUUUCCUUGGCUCUUUUGUCACGCUGCUCAUAGUGAUAUGUGUCACAGCCUUGUGGCAUUUUUAUCUGCGCAAGCGCUGUUUACUUGGCGGAACCUACCCGCGCCCAAGGAAAGGCCUUUCUGAUUUGGAAAAUACUUCCUCGCCGGGUGUGAUUUAAGGCAAAGGAAAGAAUUUUGAUUCCAGUGCGCCUGGUGUGCUAGAGGGAGGUACAAGGGAGGGGAGGGGGCAUAUUUUCUAUCAAUACAAAGGGUAGUGUGCCGCGCAGUCGUUCUUCAGGAUAUCGAGCAACACUUCCCCCAAGAGAUAUU